CCCGAGCAGUUGCGGGGAAACGGGGCGCGCUCGGGAGCUGGGCCUUUUGGGCAGCGGGAGGGUGGCCCAGCGACUUUACGGCUCAGUUCCUCUGUUUGGGCCCUGCUUGCUAGCAUGGUCCGAUGUGGGUCGCUCCGGGCCUGGGGGAAGACCCGGAUAGUCUGAGAGCCGCCCGUGUUACUUAUUUUUAAUAACUUUAUUGAUGAUUCAUCUACAUACCAUACAGCUCACCCCUUCUAAGAGUACAACUUUGUUAUUUUUAGUGAAUUUACCCAGUGGUGCAACCAUCACCAUCAUCCAACUUUAGAAGUUUUCAGUCACCCCAAGUGUAUCUCUCCUGCCCCUUUGCAGUCCGUCCCCGCUACCGCCCCCAGCCCCAGGCAACCACUAAUGGGCUUUCUGAGUCUAUAGAUUUGCCUUUCCUGGACAGUCCUUAUAAUCAUACGGUGUGUGUGUGUGUUUUGCAUCAUUUGGUACUUUCCCCUGGUAUGGUGUGUUUGACAUAUAUGAAUGUUGUUGUGUGUAUCACGAUUUGUUCUUUUUUUUUUAUUACUGAAUAGUAUCUGAUUUAUGGAUGGAACUCAGUUCUCAUCCAUUCACUAGGUAAUGGACAUUUGGUGUUGCGGGGUCACUACUCAGUCCACAUUUUCAUUGCUGUUGCUGAGUUCCUCACUGAAGGGGCUGCAGCAAACACACAUCCACCCACACGGGGCAUGUGGGAACUCCGAGAAUAUGAUGAAAACUCCGGCCCUCCUCCCCAGAAAACCAUCCACCAGCACACACACGCCGACAUUUGGUGCGAGGAUGGCUUCAAUAAGAAAACCCAGCCGUCUCUCACACAGUAUCUUUGGUGACUUCAGUGAUAUUUCCUUAGAAGAUUCAAAGAUGGAAGAAAACAGGAACUUGAGAAUCAGUAGAAGUCUCACCAAAAUGGCACCCGGUCAGAGCAGAUUUCUAAAAAGAAACCAGACUAUGGGCGGAGAAUGCUUACUCCUGAAAGAGAACACUGUCCUGGGGAGUGGGCCCUGGCUCUCCUCCGGUAGACCCCCCACCACUGCCUCGAAGGCCAGGGCCAAUGCCGCGCUUACGAAGCUGGCCCAGAUCGAAACCAAGAUCAGGAACCGAAAGGUGCGGAUGGAGUUGUCUGACGUGGAAUCUGACCUGCAGACCUCUGAGGGCAGUCUUCCAAGCAGAGCAGACGGGAUUCCCCCCAGCAGGACGGUUGAACUUUCUCCACGGAACACAGACAAAGCCUCCCCAAAACAGGCCCGUGAAAUUCCUGUCCCCGAGAGUGACGUGCCACGUAGGAAAGUCAGUAGGUUUCUAAAGAAGAGAGAGCCACCUGCUGAAAAGAUCUCCCAUGAAGCACAUGUUGGGAAAGAGGGGGAUUCUCAAACACCCAAAGAGGAAAAACCUAUUAGAAACUUGGAUUCUCCAGACAGUGAUGAAGAGGAAAUGAAAGAGUUGCUGGGCAGCUUGAUGGAAUCUCCUAGAGAAAAAGAGGACUCCACGAAGCAGGGUUUCACCAGCAACAAAGCCAGUGAGAAAGAACAAAUAAAACUCUCCUCGGAUCAGAUCCCAACUCAACCUAGAGUCCUUUCACUGCCCAGUAAGGAACUUUCCAGCCCCAAGCCGUUUCGGACAUCACGUCUGCCAGGCUCACAGUCAGCAGAUGGCACCCUUCACAGUCUUGGCUCGAGAGCUCGUGCCCCACGGACUCACAUUUCAGGUGACACAGCCUCCCGCUCAGCAUCACUUUCCAUCACUGGCUCCUUUCCGAAGUCAGUGUCCUCGAUGACGGGGGACGCCAAGCUCUCAUCCUCCCCCAGGAGUGAGGCUGGGCCUUGGGAUGAGUGCCCCUCAGAAGCCGCCGAUGACAGCCUGAACGAUUUUAGGAUAAAUAUUUUAUCCCUUGAUGAUCUGGCUCCAGCUGUCAGUGAGAAAUCAGACUUGGAACUGGAAAAAGGAGGUCAAGGGGAAAAGGCCUCCAGCAAAAGUCCCUGGGCAGGGGACCCUGCCUCUGGAAGCGAGAUCUCCGAGCGCCUGAGUGAACGGUCAGCCUCGGGCACUGAGGGCCUGGGGUCCGCGUCUCAGGAACCUGCGGCCAGCGCAGGGAGCUCGGCUUAUUCAGAAGACUUUGAAGAAUCCCCCAGUCCGACAGCAUCUGAGUCGCUGGCCCAUUCCGAGGGGUCUCCCGACAGGACACUGGCCACUUUGUCUGAAUUCUCAGUGAGCCUGAAGACGGACCUUCCUCCACCAACUCCCAAGUCUCAGAAGAAGCGGGCCAGGGCCGUGACGAGAGUCGUGGUGAGGGAGACAGCUGUGCAGACCCUCGGUCCCGCCUUCACCUACGAGUGGUCUGAGGCGGCCGGUGUGGCGGCCAUCGGACCAGCCCUGGGAGGCACUUACGUGGACCCCACGCCCAUCACCAGCCACGUUGUCAGUGCGGACACCAUAGAAGCCCUGACAGCACACAGCCCGGCCGCCUGCGCGCUCAACGACGUGCUGAAGCAGCAGCUGAGCCUGACGCAGCAGUUCAUCGAGGCCAGCCGGCACCUGCACGCGUCCCUCCUGCGCUCCCUGGACCAGGACUCGUUCCACUACCACACCCUGGAGGAGACCAAAGAGUACAUCAGACAACACAGGCCCGCCCCACUGACCAUGGAGGAGGCUCUGGAGGAGGCAAAGAAGGAGCUGUGAAUGCCAGCCCCCAUUUCUGCAGCGUGCCGGGCACCUGAGAGGACGCACCACAGGCCGCUGUAAAUGGAACCCUGGGUGGAGAAGCCACCACUCACGGCAGGACAGAAGAUGUCGGACCUUGUGGAGCGGCGCCACAUGGCCAGGUGCUGGCCUUCUCAUGAGCGGGGGCAGAUGGCAAGGGGUGAGCAGUCCCGCUACUAAUGAGGAGACAGGGCCAGGCAUCCACGCUGGGGACUCCCGUGUGAGACGCCAGGGCAGAGCUGACCCGACUCUGCAACUCAGACAAAGUCUGUGCUGAGGACGCACCACCUCCCUGCUCAGUCUGAGCGCGCUUCUGACUUAAACGCACAGAGAAAAAGAUCUUUAAAAAAAGUCUUUAUUUGAAGGCAAAACAGUAAAAUCCACAAGAAAUUGUUAACAACGUAUGUUUACAUUUGAUCCUGAAUCAGACACAUUUGAACAAUUCACAGCUACAGGAAACCUAGAACAAAAUCAAAUAUUUUAUCACAUCAGGUUGAAAAGUUGGAGAGGACUUUGUGUCUUAUUGAAAAGAAUUUUUCAAAAAUGUUUCUGUACAAACAAAUGGCACCGCACCAAGCUGCCAGCCAAGUGUGGCCAAUCCCGGCGGUUACCCCGGGCUCCCGGCAGAGACGGCUCCCUCCGCCUCCCCUCCCUUUAGGGCUGGGUGGGGACAGGCAAAGUGACAGAGCAGGAGGCGGGGCCAGUGGUCACUCUCCACACCCUGGAUGCGAAUGGGCCGUCGCAUGUGAGUGCUGGUGUGGGGGUUCCUCUAAGUGAAAAACACAAGUAGAGACGCUAAGGGCACAAAUCCUCCGAGGGCGGUGUCAUUCCAUGAUCUGAAGAUGCCUCAGGUUGGCUUCCUUAGAACCUUUUGUUUCUGCAGGUAACAGCAAAUGGCGAACAUUCAAACAAAACAAAACAAAAAAACUCAAACAGCUAAAAUAACUGAACUAGUGGCCAGUAUGUCUCAGAGGAGUCAGGCUUCAAAUUACCUCACUGGGGAUCAGCCUAGAUCAGUAUUCUUUUUUCUAAAACUAAACCAUUUGGAAUAAAAAUGAAAACCCUGUUUAACUUUGCAAAUCAAAA